AUGCAACCGCAUUCGAUCAAUCCAACUUCCAACAUCACAUAUCGCUCCCAAAGUAAAUAUCGUCUCAAAUCCACAAAUCAAAAGCGACGUUCUGUUGCAGAUUAUUUGCUGAAAUUUCUGAUCAUCGGCAAUGCGGGUACAGGCAAAAGUUGUAUUAUGCAUCAGUUCGUCGAAAAGAAAUUUAAGGCAGACUCAACACAUACGAUAGGCGUUGAGUUUGGUUCUCGAAUGGUCGUACUAGGUGGCAAGAAAGUGAAGUUGCAGAUUUGGGAUACUGCUGGACAGGAACGUAGGGAACGGGGCCAUUCGAAUUUUUUCUGGUCCCAUCUGAAUUCCUCUGGAAAUCGAAGAGGAGAGUGGUUCCAUGCAAACGGACGCAUUUGCAGUCGUGAGUCCUACAAUGCCCUUCAACAAUGGCUCGUCGAAGCACGCAAUUUGGCAAGUUCACAUAUUGUCGUCAUUCUUGUUGGCAAUAAGAAAGAUUUACAUGAAGACAGACAAGUGAUGCUCCUUGAAGCGAGUCAAUUUGCUCAAGAAAAUGAUUUAACAUUCAUGGAAACAAGUGCACUUAAUGGCGAGAACGUUGAAGAGACUUUCUUAAAGUGUGCAAAAACAAUUCUCUCGAAAAUUGAAUCAGGUGAAAUCGACAUUGAAUGUGUUGGUGCAGGUGUCGAGGUUGGUAGCGAACAGUUGCGGAAGUACCGUGAUGAGGAAUCAAGGCGUCAGAAUCGAUGGCGCUAUCAAGAAUGCUCAUCGAGCUGCCGAAAUUUGUGA